AUGUAUUCACGUCUGUGGUGUAUGCACUGGUUUGUGCACGUGUUUCAUAUCUUAAUCAACAUACCUGCUCAGUCCAUCUCUACCGUUCUCAUCCGUCAGGAGGACUCGUACGCAGUCUAUCCGGCAUUUUUUCCAUGCCCAGGAUCUGCACUUUCCGUUCGAUUUCACGAUCGGAAUUCAAAUGGUCUAUUGGUGUAUUCCGAAGAUGUUAGCACGGGUAGAUUCCUCUCAAUCACUUUACUGCCAAAUCGGAGAUUGAAAAUCGAGCUGGAACUUCGUUUACCUCAAUAUCGUACAACUAUGGACCAUGUGAUUCUCAUGCUUGAUUGUGCUCAGUUCGAAGGCGGGAGCACUCACACGGAACACACACGGUGGCACCUGUUCACUUUGCGUGUUCUAUCACACACAGAUGGUUCCAACACUAUUGAUAAGAUUGUUGUGAGAUUGGAUGGCCACGAGGCCAGUCACACGUUCAAUCCAGGGAUAUUCUACACAAAGGAAAAUUCUUCCGGAUUGAUUCCAAAGUUUGGGGAUCAACUUUUUGUGGGUCAGUUACCACAUGGAUUACGUAAGGAUGCUACACAGCGUGCUCUGUUCAGCGCAGCCAUGCAACCCACACUAAUGGGUCGAGUACAGUUGUUUAUGGAGAGUACAUGUGUGUCGGAAUCUCAACCGCUUGCACAAAAUGAGUGUAUUAAUUUACAGCCUCUAGUCCUGUCUGAAGGAUCUUUAUGGACACCGAAUACAUUAAUUCAUGGUAGUGAACCAUUGUUCUGUCCGACAAAGUUGGACACUACUGAUAACGAAGCGCAUGGGUCUCCUGUGAGCGAACCAUUGUUCGAACGUUCAACGGAAACCUGCCUGGGUGAGUGA